UGCCAGUGGUUCUCUCUCAGGCCUCAGCCCCCUCCGUCCGACCGGCGCCAUGGCCAUGCAAGCGGCCAAACGGGCCAACAUUCGGCUGCCUCCAGAAGUCAAUCGGAUCCUCUAUAUUAGGAACCUGCCGUAUAAGAUCACAGCAGAGGAAAUGUAUGAUAUUUUUGGGAAAUAUGGGCCUAUUCGACAAAUCAGAGUUGGAAACACUCCUGAAACUAGAGGAACAGCCUAUGUGGUCUAUGAAGACAUCUUUGAUGCCAAAAACGCGUGUGAUCACCUGUCGGGAUUCAACGUGUGCAACAGAUACCUUGUCGUUUUGUACUAUAAUGCAAACAGGGCAUUCCAAAAGAUGGACACAAAGAAGAAAGAGGAACAGCUUAAACUUCUCAAAGAAAAAUAUGGGAUUAAUACAGACCCACCAAAAUAA